AUGGCAAAAGAAGUUUAAGUUAUAAAAUUAAAUUCCCCAACAAAUAUAAAGAAAUAAAACACAUAAUUUUGCUUAAAUUCAAUAGGAGUUUUUGAUUCUAACUAGGAUGAUGAAAUAAAAAAAUCUCAUUAAAAUUUAAUGAAAAAAUAUUAUGAACAUAGAUAGGCAGCUCUAUCUACAAAUCAAUCAUAAAAAGUAUAAAUUAAAUUUAUUAGAUACUCGUUUCAAAGUGUGAAAAUUUAAUAGAUAAGAUGAACUUCAAAAUAAAUACUAAUAAAACAAAAGAAAAGGAAAAUAGUGCUUUACGAUAAUCUUAAAAUUCAGAUAUUAGUGUAUCUAAUCAUUUAAAUGGAAGAGAAAAGUCUUGCUUUAAGAUGUAAGAAUAAUAAUAUUUUCAGACUCUAAAAUUCAAAGGAUUGUAAUAAGUAGGAUAUUCCGCAAACUAAAGUAUUGUCAAUUAAUAAUACUUAAAUGGAUAAGCAUACAUCUGAUUCUAAUAUAUUGAUGCCAUUAUCAAGUUUAGUACGAAAGUCAUAAAGAUAAAAAAAUUAACCGUAACUUUUAUAAAUAGGCUCAAAUGCUUUAAUUUUAAAAGAUUAGAUUGCUGGUUAAGAUUACUUGAAGUAAAAAUCUCAAAGCUAGCAAGAAUUGCAUAGGUGUUUAUAAGAGGAGAUAGAAGAUACAUUAAUGAAAGAGUAAGUAAUUAAUAAAGAAAUAAAGCAAUCAUCUUAAUUUAAUGUCAAACAAUGUUUUUUUUCUUUAGCUCAAGGAUAUGAAGGUAUUUAUUUAUUAAUAUUUUUAAUUAAAGGGUCUUAGAUCAAUAAAAUAAAAUCAUCUAGUAUUAGAAAAGAUAUGGAUUUAUAAAGACCUUAGGUGUCCAAAAGUAUGAGAGCCCAUACUUAAGGAAAAUAGGAGUAAAAAUAAAUAAAUAGAUUAUAUGAAUAUAUUUUAGAAGGUAAUUAUUGA